UUAGUUGUUAGUUGAUUAAUUUAUAAAAUCGUCUCGGAAAGAUUAAGUGUUGACAAAAUUGCAAGUAACAAAGAUGGAACACAGUAACGUACAUAAUUGUGCUGCCAGAGUGAAAGAGGAGCCUAGCGAUGAACCGCUGAGUGAGAAUGCGAGGAAAAUGAUUGACGAGAAACCAGAUCUGAAAAACUUCCAACUCUUAUCAUUUCCGCCAGAAAAUUCACAGCCCAAAACCCCUCGAAAAUGGUACGUAAAUCAUAAAAGUGAACUUAAUAACGAAUUGGAAAUUGUUGCUGAAUGCGAAGACGUCAAGCCGAACAUGAAUUUAAAAGCAGUUCAUAAGAUUAACUACGAUUCGCCAAAUUUCUUGCGUAAUGUAAAAGACGACAAUGGUUAUAAAAGUCAGAACGCGAUUAAAAUAGAACCCGUGACAAAAGUGAAACAGGAAUUCUUCGGUGAUGUAGCGGAAGAAUCAAAUAUGAAUUUCGACUGUGAAGUUAUCGAAAAAAAUAAAAAAAAUAGAAUUACUAAAAAGCUUAAUAAUGAAAAUAAUCUAAAAACUCGCAAUGGGUCAACGAACAAUCGUACAAUCUAUGCCUGUGAAAUUUGUAAAAAGAAUUUCUCAACUAAGGGCAGUCUGAGUAGGCAUGUCAAAUCGUUACAUCAUCGUAUCACCCACUCAUGUGAUACACGCGGCAAUACAUUUUCACUAAGAUCCAAUCUUAAGGUUCACAUCGACGCAGUGCACAAUGGUCUCAAGCAUACAGGCGAUAAAUGCAGAAAGUCAUCUUUACAAAGAUCCAAACUUAGAACCCACAUCGAUUCGGUUUUCGAAGCGACGGAAUGCAAAACCAUCGAUGAGCUCGAAAGAACCGUCAUCAAGAACGUCGGCCGGAUUUUGCGAUCCGAAGAGCUUUGCUAUUUGAACGAGAUGUUGACCGUAAGGUUCAAACUCUCCGCUCGUUACAUCGCCGAUUCGGACAACGAGCGUCACUGCAAGAGAAUCGACAUCUUCACGAGGAUCCUCAAACUGCAUGAUUCGAAGAGGUGCAUCGUCUUGGACGACGCGCACAACAUGGACCCGAUGUCUUGGGAAUUUUUGAAGCGAGCCAUGAACGACAAAAACAUCGUACUCGUAAUGGCGAUACUCGUUCCGAAGCGCUCGAACGACGUGUCUCAAAUCGAAUUGGCUCCUUACAAUGACGAGCGACUGUUCAGGCAUCGCUUGGAGGAGUUGGAAACGCGAUACCUGCCUGCGUUGGUCUGUCAAUUUAUGAACGUGCACGGAUUUUCUCAAGAAUUAUACAAGUAA